GUGACAGCAGACAUCGGUGACCGCUUGCCGAAUUUUAAAACUACAAAACAAAGAACAUUAUUUUUGUUCAAUUUAAUCUAAGCAUGAGAGGGGCCGAAACUAUAAUACCAGCUCGUUUUCUGACCCUGCUUGGCCAUUUCUGCGUCCUGAUAACCCUGUUAUGGGAGAGCAAACUGAGCGUACAACACUGUAUGCCGACACCACUCCACGAAACUCACUUCCAGACAUAUCACAGGCGAUAGCUAAUGAGCAUCAGCAAUUGACGCAGUCGCACGAGUACAAAGCAGGAUGGUCGUUCUUCUUGGUGCUGGCGGGCGUGGUCACCACCAUUGGCCUGUCUUUGCCCGUCGGAUACAAUAUCGGUGUCGUCAACACACCUGCAGAGAUUCUGAAGACGUUUUGCAAUGAGAGCUUCAUAAGUCGCUACAAUCUGCCUCUGGACGAGGCCUGGUUGAACAUCCUCUGGUCCUCCGUGGUGUCCAUUUUCAUUGUCGGAGGAUGCACCGGAUCCAUACUCGGUUCCGUACUUGCAGAUAAACUCGGCAGAAAGAAAGCUUCAAUCGCGACGAGUGGACUGUUCCUGGCGGGUGCGGUGCUGUUCCUAUUGUGCCGUUCUGCUAACUCUGUGGAGAUGCUCGUCCUUGGCAGGCUGCUCGUCGGUCUGGCUGGAGGUCUGACGACAAGUAUAGUGCCGAUGUACUUAACGGAGUUGUCGCCGCCGAGUUUGACGGGUGCUAUGGGGGUCGCCUGCCCCAUGGGGGUCAACGUGGGGGUCCUUGUCGGACAAGUUAUGGGACUGAAUUUCUUGUUAGGCGGUGUAGAAGACUGGCCAUACUUACUGUCCGUCUUUGCUGUACUAGUCAUUGUUUGUUUACCUGUUUUAUAUAUUUUACCUGAAAGUCCAAAGUACCUUUUUAUUGUUAAGAAAAAUGAAAUUGCUGCAAUGAAACAGCUAAGUAGGCUGCGAGGUGUGUCAUCGAGUAUCCUGAGCGAGGACGUGGAGGUGAUGCGCGAGGAGCGGCGCGCGGCCGAGACUGCGGCCAGCAGCGGAGACCGCGACUGGAGCAUGGCGCGACUCGCCGCUGACACCCGUCUGCGUCUGCCGCUGCUGCUCGUCUGCAGCACGCAGGCUGGACAGCAGACCUCGGGCAUCAACGCGGUGUUCUACUACUCGCAGACGAUCUUCAUGCAAGCUGGUCUGUCGGCUAUGAGUGCACAGUAUGCCACCAUCGGCUGCGGCUUCAUCAACGUGUGCACAGCAGCGCUGAUGCUGUACCUGCUGCCGCGCAAGGGACGCCGCCCGCUGCUGCUCGGCUCCGCGCUCUGCGCUACCAUCUUCCUUGCCACCCUCGCCGCCGCAAUGAAUGCAAUUGAAUUAGUGUCAUGGAUGCCGUACGUAUGCACGAUCGCGGUGCUACUGUAUGUUCUAGUCUACGGCUUUGGACUUGGACCCAUCCCCUAUUUUAUUGCCUCAGAAAUGUUCGAAGUUGGUCCUCGUCCUGCGGCCAUGGCGUGGGGCUCGUUGGCCAAUUGGGGCGGCAACUUCCUCGUGGGUCUCUGCUUCCCCACCAUGCGUCGUCUCAUCGGAGCCUACUCCUUCCUCAUCUUCUCCAUCAUCACUGGUGCUCUCUUCCUAUUUGUCAGGAAAUACUUCCCGGAGACUCGCGGCAGCACUCCGGCGCAGGUGACUGAGCGCUGCUCACAAGGUCUGCGAUCUAGACCUCUGCGCCGCACCGACUUGAGGGCAGUUUGAGCUCUACAUGCAAUGACACCUCAUGCCACACCCA